GGCCACUUGGCCUUAGUCAAAACCAAUUUCAACUAAAUCCGGUGUCAUUGCGCCCUGUAAACUAACCGGAUUGAUAAAUUGAAUACAUAGAACACUCCUUGGGCUGUUUUUGCUCAGAGUUUAUAUCGGAAGUUUAUUGUUAUUGUAGAGAACCGGUUGGCGUGUCAAGGAUCCUCUGUUCAGUCACUUCUCCUUCUGUACUUUAUCAAAUUUAUUUAUUAAUUUAUCAUCCAUACAUUUCCCACUCUUCCUGCAUUUUCUUUAUUCUCCUCUCAUGGACUGGCUCAUCUUUUGGGGCAUAAUAGUGUCCUUGACAUCUUCCUUUGCUCAAAGUCUCGGUUUAUCCUUACAGCGUCUUUACUAUUCUCAUGUACAGCAAAGAACCAGACGGAAGAAAUAUCUAGGCAUGGGCCUGUUUCUGGGAUCCAAUAUUCUAGGCAGUGCGUUUCGAAUUGCAACUUUGCCGAUGAUCUUACUGGCUCCUUUAAAUGCAGCGACUCUUGUGUUCAAUGCUCUCUUAGCUAGCUGUCUCUUGCAUGAACCGGUGUGCCGUCAAACUCAGGUUGGCACAUGUUUCGUCGUUCUCAGUUCACUGAUGCUGAGCUACGUAGUUGUUCACCACGACGACUACUUCACCGCAGAGGAGCUUUUUCAGUUACUUCGUAGUAGAUCUUCUCAGAUAUUUUUCUUUCUUCAGCUUGGUCUUGUAUCCUUGGUCAUUGCUGCGUUUGCGGUCUGCCUACGCUUGCGCGAAAAGAUUGGAAGAGUUUACAACACAACCUCUGGACUGCUUUUGGGAUUUAUCAGCGGAACGUUGUCUGCCCAUUGUUUACUUUGUUCAAAGAUCAUUGCCAUUACAAUAACUGAAUGUGUAACUUCUGGCGAAUGGGACUUGCUGGAAAGACCAGAGCCCUGGCAGUUAUUGUUUUUACUCGUCGUUAUGGGCCCGACACAUCUAGUCGCUCUCACGUCUAGCUUGUCCCGACUCUCACCUUCAGUGGUUUAUCCCUUCACAUUCUGUACGUACAGCUGUACGGCACUUGUUGAUGGAUUGGUCUUUCUUCAGCGCCGUAUGCCUCCAACUGACUUGACGAUUUUAUUUUCAAGUACCUUGGUGCUCCUAUACGGCGUUUUUCUUCUGUCGACACGAGGCGAAAUUGAGGAGAAUCCAAAUGCCUUUUACGGUCAAAUUAUUACAGCCCAGGCGCAUCAUCUCGGUGAACCUCCACUGCUACCAUUCAUGGAUGAAAUUGAGGAUGAAGAAGAUACUGGCGAUGACAGUGAGAACGGAAAUGAAAACGUACGCGCGGAAAACACUGCUGUACCUACGGGUGAAACAGUUUCUUCAAACGCUUAAAAGCUUCAUUCGCUUCACACUACUGCUAUGAAUCAAUGGUCGAGACAAGAAGGUUUCAUUUGUGUACAUAUAUUUAGGAACAGGCGUAAUCAAUUAUAGGUAACUUUGUCAUUAACCUUGCAAGAAACAACAACGGUGGAACAAUAGAAAAUCGGAAGCAUGAAUGCUUAUGAAGGACCCUCACAUGAAUGAAAUUAACAGAGGAGAGAAAGUGGGAAAACUGGAGAGUUGGGGAAACGAACGACGAAAAAGGAGAAGAAAAGUGUGUUUCCAAAAUGUAUAAGGUUCGUUUUCCUGCUAAUUAGUGCGGUUAAUGGUUGACAAUAAUGUGAUUAGAAAAAGGAAAAAAGGAAAUGAGAAAGAGGAUCACCAAAUAGCCAGUGGUUUUAAGUGUCGAAAUGGACAGCCCAAGAAUACGUAAAUAAUGUUCGCAAGACACUCAUUAUAGUAGUUCAACUAUAACGUUCAUGCAUCGGCAUAAUUGAAUAGCCCCAGGGUUGUGCGGGUGCGUAAUUCGAUGCUUGCUGAUUCAUCGUGUUAGGGUUGUUUAUAGCAUAGCCAGUUGUUGGCAUCGUAGGGAUGGAAGGUG